AUUGGAUAUUGAAGGUACGAAUGUUAUGGUAAUACAAGCGAGGUGUUAUGAAUCUAAAUGAUUUGUAAACCACCAUUUGGUAGCAGCACGGACAGACGACGAAUUAACGUCCACCCAAGAUGGAUGAAAGAAAUCUUGUCCACUGACAUUGGUCCGGGUUCUUAUGAAUGUAAUGAAUCGUGUACACGGAAAAGAAACACCAUAAACACUUCCAGUUUAAAAAAUAAUAUAUCAGGCUGGAAAAGGGAGUAUGAGGUGCAGCGUAAUGCCACCAUACCGAAUCUAUUCAGUCGAAAUCUAAAACUAUCAAAGGAAUCUCAGCAAAGAAAUCUUGGACCUGGUCGGUAUAACCUACCAAGAGAAAUUCAGACGAAGGGAACCUCAGAAUCUAUAGGACCCAUAAAUACAACUGCGGAUCGCUUUUCGGAACUCAGAGGAAAUGAUACUCCAGGAGUGGGUACUUAUGGAAUGAAAGGUGAUCCAUAUCUUUAUAAAGAAUUAAUGGACGCGAAACACAAAUCAUGUUGCACAAAAGGCUUAUUAGAAUGUGGUGGGGAUGGAAGUCGUUCUUUACCGUUGACAGGGUGUAAUGUUGCACCAGGUACCUACGAAAUCAGUGGUUCGGUACAGAAACUACUGGAUAAAAAAACCGGGAAACGCGGACCUUAUGAUUUGAUGACUGGACCGAGAAGCUUUACUUAUACUUCUGAAUACCCAGAACCAGGAACCUAUUCAUUAACAUCAUUUACAUCCAAUCUUUUGCGACCAGAAAAAAAGUAUACAGGGAUGUUUCGUAGACUUGUUGUUGACCAAAGAAAAAUGGAUCAUUGCUAUUCUGCUAGGAUGCAAAACGACCUCGUAAAAUCUAAGAUAGGACCAGGAUAUUAUGAUCCCAAAUAUCUAGAUGACAAGGAUAAAAGCUUUAAUCAUCAAGCUCCUCCAUUUUUGUCCAGCGCCCCUCGUAAUUCACACUCAAUAUUUACCAGUAGACAGAGUCCAGUUGGUCCUGGACGUUACAAUUCAGAAAAUUAUGAUCGGUCACGGUGUGUAUGGGGUGCUAUGUGUUCAUUUGACUCUACUUCAUCAGCACGUUUAAGUCUAAAAGAAGCUUCAAAAUUAAGAGAGAGAUUACGUCCACUCAAUGUAACAUUUCAUGAAAAGUCACUCAUCAAAAACAACAACAGGCCACGUGCUAUUCCACUGAUUGCUUAAUUGUCAAAGCUACAAAUGGAAGUAACACACAUUUUAAAUUGUUAUAUUACAUACUGCACUGUUUUCAUCAACAUAAAAUAAAUAAAUAAACGAAUCAUAUUCCGAAAAUCAUUGCAGAAAAUAUGCUUAUAUUUAAUCAUUGUAAUGAUCAUUUUUAUACUUGUAGAUUAUACACCGAUAAUCACGUUUCAUAGUAAUAACUUUAGUUCAUUGUUUACUGUUAUUAUUAUUAUUAUACAUGAUAACCAUGACAGUCUGAAAUAAAUCACAACAUACUUUAGUUGCUUCAUUUAUUAUUGGUGACUUCAUGAAUAAUGUGUUUUCACCCAGCCUCUUUUGAAUGCUCGAAUGAGCAUUCUUGACCACAUAUAUAUUUGAUUUAGACUUUUAAAGUUUUCCAAACAUGUUUAUCUAAUUUUCAUGGGUGUUUACAUCAUAUUGAAAUAAAUUUUAUUGAACGUUU